AUGCCGUCCGAAUCAACAUCUUUGCUUCCCAGUUAUAUUAGGGAUACAAACGCUCUGCAGUAUGUCUCCAGACCUUUCUCGCUAGCCAUUAGAUCUUCCCCAAUCAAUUGGCUCUUGAUAUUUGUCCUAUUGGGCAUCUUGGCAGACUGGUUCCACUGGGGCUCUACGUCCGUAUUUUGCCUCAAUUUCCUUGGUAUCAUCCCAUUGGCCUCUGUUUUGGCCUAUGCAACAGAAGAGUUAGGUGAAAGUAUUCACAAUAAUUCCAUUGCUGGUUUGCUGAACGCUACUUUCGGUAAUGCUGUCGAGGUCAUCGUUAGUAUCAUUGCAUUAAUGCAAAACCAGGUGACUGUUGUUCAGGCUUCUAUGUUAGGCUCUAUCUUAUCCAACUUGUUGCUUGUUUUAGGAUCCUGUUUCGUUGCUGGUGGUAUUCGUUAUUCUCAGCAGACGUUCAACCAGACCGUCGCUCAAACCAUGUCCUCUUUACUGGCUCUUUCUGUCAUUGGCUUGCUUCUUCCUGCGGCUUUCCAUGCUUCAUUACCUGAAAAGACUCCCGCCCUAAGUGACAAAAUCUUAGACUUCUCCCGUGGUAAUUCUCUUUUACUUUUGGUCGUCUAUUGUUUGUACAUGUUUUUCCAAUUGAAGACCCAUGCUUUCUUGUUUGAAGAUUCGGACAGUGAUGGCAGUAAUAGUCCUGUUAUUGAUGCUUACACUGGUCCCUUUGAUUCAUCAUCUGUUCCUUCAGCUGCCGCUGCUGAUCGGUCUCUUUCUCCCUCUUCCCGUUCCUCCAAUCAUCUUGCCAAAAGAGGUAAUAUUGUUGUCAGACCCAAAUCCAUCUAUGACUUGGGUAAGGAGCGCCAACAGCAACAUUUGGGAGCCUGGGAAUCUGUCAUCGUUUUGGCAAUUACUACCUUGCUUGUCUCUAUCUGUGCGGAUUAUUUGGUGUCUUCGAUAGACGAUAUCGUCGAAACUUCGGGUCUUUCAAAGACUUUUAUUGGUUUGGUCGUCAUUCCUAUCGUUGGUAAUGCGGCAGAGCAUGUUACGGCCAUCGUUGUUGCCUACAAAAACAAGAUGGAUUUGGCCAUUGGGGUCGCUGUCGGCUCUUCUAUACAAAUAGCCUUAUUUGUCACUCCGCUUUUGGUCUUAAUCGGAUGGGCUAUCGAUGUUCCAAUGUCCCUCUACUUCUCUACGUACGAAACUGCAGUGAUGUUUGUUUCGGUGUUCAUAACGAACUACUUAAUCCUUGAUGGAGAAUCUAACUGGUUAGAAGGUGCUAUGUUGAUCUGCACCUAUCUUAUUAUAGCUAUCUCAUUCUACCUAUAUCCAGACACUUUGGCUCAGUAG